AUUAUCGUUCGAAUCGCCAGUAUGGUACUCACGUCAUAGCAAAGCCGCUCACACAUGCUCUAGCUCAUCCUUGAGGAUUCUGAUUGGCGAGUUCAACGAUUAUAUUGAAGGUCUUGUCCUAAGUUUUUAGGGCCGGCAGAAAUGACAUAUUCUGUUAAGGACCUUGGUGGGGAGAUGCAAGAGAGAAUGGAUGCUUUUUCUGGAACUUGUUUGAUUAGGGAAAGCGCCAAGUAUAUACUAUUAAGCCACCAUUUGCUCUUGGAAUGCCUGCCAUCAUUAAGGUAAAAAAGCAAGUGGACCCCUGGAGUAUCAAACCCGACUACAGCCGAUGCAGCAAUGAGAUCAACCGCGAAAUCCACAAUCUCCAGGUCCUAACAGACGCUGGCUGCCAGCAUACACCCAGGCUUAUUGAUUGGUCUGUUGGACGGCAGAGUCACGGUGGCGCGCUCCCGGGCGGGUAUAUUGCGUACAUUGUCAUGGAGAAAGUUCCAGGAAAAGAAUUAGGUGAAUAUAAUGACAUGGAGAGAUCCGAGCAGCGCCGCGUGCAGCUUGCUUUUCUAGAGGCAAUAUGGAGUUUCAGAAAAUUCCAACUGAUUCACUCGGAAACUCGCCUUCCCAAUCUGAUUUGGGACCCUGAUGGAACAAAAUGUUACAUUGUGGAUCUUGAAGACGCCGAGCACGAUCCCGAGAUGGCAGCAGAGGACUUCUCCAUGGAUCCAUGGGAGGAACUUAUGACUUGGGGACUGAUAAGGACGUUUGAUCGCCCCUUGGUGGACACUUGUGGCAAAGAGGAAUUGAUCGAGUAUUGGAAGGAACAUAUGGACGAGCAAUAGACUUUCACCCUAUAUUACAUCGUUUGAUUACCUGCCGUGAAAAUGGUUAGCUUUUGGUAGAGGAAGCCCAAUAUGGUCCACUGCCAUUAUGCUUCCAUCACUCAGAAAGAGAUAGGCAUCAGCUCAAUGGGCUUUGCUACUUAAACCAUCC